AGUGACUAAGGUUAAUCUUACGGUUGGCAUACGUAAGAAUUACAACCGUUCCACGAAGCAACCUUUGAUCGAUCGUAAAUCCUCUUCCCCUACUAUCAUGACGUAAUUUACAAUUAAAAUCUUUUGUUAUUAAAUAACAAAAAAAUCGAUUGUACUCAGCUAGAGUUAUGUCUCUUUUCGCAUUUGUUUGACAGACGACAGUAAUAUUAUUAUCGUCUGUCAACGUCAAGAGUGAGGCAACAUGUCAGGAGGUAAACGAGUGAGAAAAUCCAACUAUACUCAUUCCAAAUUAGAAAUAUUAACUGACGAAGUUAUGAGUAAUCAUUCAGUAUUAUUUUCUUCGUUUUCUUCAACCGUAACGAACAAAAGAAAGAUUGACAUUUGGGAUGGAAUAGCAGAAAAGAUGAAUGCCAGUACUGCUGGUGGCAGGAAUGGUGUUGAAGUGAGAAAGAAAUGGAAUGACUACAAAUGUCAGAUACGGAAGAAAGCCACCACUUGGAGAAGAGAGUCAACAAUGACAGGGGGAGGGUCUGCACCACCCAAUCUCAAUGCCAUUGAAGACAAGGUGAUGGGUUGUUGUAAGGUCAUGGUGGCAUCCAGUGUAUCGGCUCAAUACAAGACACCCUUUACCCACACAUAUGUACAGCCAAUUCCACCCUCUAAACAACAUAUGCCAGUACCAUAGUAGGUGGCGCCAUCUUGGAACUAUUUUCACCUGUACAUGU